UUUGUCUCUAAGCAAACUUGUCGUCGUUUGCGCAUUUUUUGCCAGGAUUAAGUCAAAGUCAAGUGCUCGUCUAUAAUAAAAAAAGCUGUGCUGUGUAGUGUUUGUGCUAAAUAAAUAAUAAACAAAUUUAGGCUAGCAGCUGACUUGUUAAUAAAGAGGAUUAACUUUAAAGAGCUGCAAGAUGCGCUUGCAACAUUUUAUUUGGCUGUUGGCACUUUUGGCCAUUGCCGCAGCAGCAGCAACAACAACAAGCAGCAAGCCCAAGACUGAAGCGAGUAAGCAGACCACGCCUACAACAGUUGCCGCCAGCAGCACAACGAGCACCAAGAGCAGUCGCCAGUCGAAGCAGCUGAAGCCUGUGCCUGGCGAGAAUCGCGACAAGCGCACGCUCUACGACUUUGGCAAUGCCGCUUAUUUGUAUCCACAAGUGGCCAGCAGACGCGCUGGCUAUGUGGACAACUAUUAUCCAAACACGGGCUACUACAAUGGACAGCAGGCAAUUGCUCAAUAUCCAGGCAGCUACGCUGGCAAUGCCUACAGCAGCUAUCCGCAAUAUUUGGAAGCGCCAGAGCCCAUUAUCGAAAUUAUUAUAAAGGAUGCAAAUGAAACGCUGGCCGAGCAGCCUGCAGCGCCAAUUGUGACCAAGAAAAAGAAGAAGAAGGAGAAGGUGCAUGUGUUCUAUGUCAACUAUAAAAAGGAUCAGAACAACAAGCUGCAUUUGGAGUCGCCCAUCGCUUCGCUGAACAACGACGACAACAACGAUGAGGAGGAGGAGGAAGAAGAGGAAAUUGUGCAGUAUCCGGUUACGCCGCUGCCGCCAUUGAAGUCCACAACGCUGCGCACUAUUAUACACCCCGACUCGGAAAAGUUUCACAGCAACAGCGGCAUUCAUGUGUCCUUUGGCGCCGAGAGCAAGCAGCAGAGCGGACACAUUCUGGAGGAGCACGAUGCGGAGUCGGUGCAGCGUCAGGUGCUGGCGCUGCCGCCACCCACACGCGCUGAUUAUGCACGCGAGAACAAUUAUGCGCGUGCCAGCAGCAAUCUGCUGUACAACAGCAACAGCUAUCAGCAGCAGCAGCAGCAGCAACAUGCGUUUGCAGCACAGCAGCAACAGCUGCCUCAACAACACAGCAGCAACUACUUUAGACCGCCAGUUGUUAAGCCACAGCAGCAGCAGCCACAGCAGCAAUACUAUCAAAAGCCAGCACAGCAGCAGCAGCAACAGUUGCAGCGUCAGGCCAUUACACAGCAGCAACUGCCUUCAACUUCAUCGCAAAGCAUUUUCAACAAACUAGUGCAGCAAUCGCAGUUUUAUAUUAAUCACAAUCAGCAAUAUCAGCCACAGCAACAACAACACCAACAGCAGCAGUACCAACCACAGCAGCAGCAGCAGUAUCAGCCACAGCAGCAGCAGCAGCAGCAAUAUCAAAAGCCACCACACAAGCAAGUGCAGGUGCCAUUUUUCCCUACUAUACCACCCAAAACUCAAGUAACGCCCUCAAGCUAUCAGCCUAUUAAAUUUCGCCCUACACACGCGCCCGCAGCAGCAGCCAAGCCGCUGCAGCUGCCGCUGAAACUGGAGAAUGUUAACUAUCAACAGCAGCAAUAUCAGCAGCAGCAGCAGCAGCCAAAGCAGCAGCCGCUUAAACUGGACGCUGUUAACUAUCAGCAGCAGCAGCAGCAAUAUCAAGUACAAAAGCCACAGCCAUAUCAAUUUGUACGUCAGCCGCAGUUUGUGCAGCAGCCGCAGUUUGUUGUGCGCUCGCCUACGCCAGCAACCGAUUACUAUGCACAGCAGCAACACAAACAAAGCGCAGCAGCUGCACUUAACUACUUUGACAUACAGCCAUCGAAGGAGACAGAGCUGCUCAAGUCCAUACCCAAGUUUGAGCAGCACAUAACCGAAACUGUGCAUCACUCAGCACCGCAGCAACAGCAGCAGCAGCAGCAAUACGCCUACAGCAGCACACGCAAUGAAGUUAUACAUGACAUACCAGCGCCCAAUUUGGCGCCCAGUCAAGCGCCAAUUACAGGCCACUACAUAACCGCCAGCAGCACACAACAGCAGCAGCAGCAACAUGCCCAACAGCAGCCACCAGUUUAUGCCGAGUCAACACAUGGACAAAAGGUUAUGGUGGUCACACCUGUGCCGCCCAGCGCUGCGUAUGCGCAAUAUCAACAGCAGCAACAUGAAACUGUGUUGCAGGUGCAUCCAUCCAGCGGUUUGCAGGCGCAGGCCAGCAACAAUUUCGCGCAGCAGCCCAGACAAAACGCUGCUGUUGAUAAUUCGCCCUUUAGUGUAUCCACUUAUCACUCGGAUGUGUUCAAAGAGCUGCAGCAGCGACAGCAGCAAGAGCGUCAGCAGUCGAACUUUGUUACACCCACAGCAGCCAGCACCACGCCCAGCACAGCUGCGCCUACGCCCACAGCAGCAGCUGCUGUCAAUGGCAAAGCCAGCCAAACGCUGCUGCAGCUGCCCGACGAAGUGCCCGAGGAUUUGCGCCAGCAGCUGUUCAGCUCUGGCAUUUUGAACAACGCUGACAUUUCAGUGCUCGACUAUGACAAACAGGGCGACAUUGCGCUGGAGAAUCUGCCCGCUGAGCAUUUGCAGCAUUUCUAUGGCGCUGGUGGUGGCGCACAAAUUGCUGAGACCAACAAAGUGUUGACUGUAGUCAAGCCCAAUGGCGAUAAAGUGGCGCUAAGUGAAAAACAAAUUGAGCGCGUUAAGCAGAGCAACUCGUUGCCACAAAAGCAGCAGCUGGAUGUCAAAGUAGUGCGUUAUGAUGAAACCCAACAGCAAAGCAUAAGCGAUAAAUAUGUGCGCAGCGAUGCGACUGUGGUGACGCCCGUGGAGCUGGCAGAGCGUCAGCAAUACAAUCGCUACUUGCCGCUGAAGAUUAAUGGUGCGCAAUUCCCAAUACCCGACAGCGAAGAGCUGCUGGGCAAGAAGAUCGUAAGCGUUGUAGUGCUGGCGCCAGUUGAAGCGCAGCCCAAUGAAGCGCGCAGCAGCGUGGACAGCAAGGAGGUUAAAUUUUUGGGUGGUGAGCUGGUCAAAACGCUGCUCAAAAAGCCCACCAAGGACAACUUUAGACGCUGGCUGGAAAAGGAAGCGCGCACAGACAUUGAACAGCAGUCGGUUGUGCUGCUGGUAGCCAACUCCAGCGCUUCGCCAGCUGAGCAGGAAAUCUUCAUGUACGACAUUGCCACGCGCAAUGUUAGCAAACUGAACGGUGAGCUCUCCAGCACCUUUGUCAAUGUCGCCGAGGAGAAUGCCAGCAGCGAGGAUUUGGAGCAUGCCGCCACUGUGGAUCCCAGCUCCUUGGGCUCCAUGAUGCACCAGCAGCAGCAUCGACGCUAGCAUUUUGUCGGUGCCUGCUUGUCACACAACAUGCCAUUUAGCUACUCGACCUAGAGCCAACGUCUACCCGUAUUCCUUGCAUUAGCUCCUAGAAAAUUUCUGUUUCAUUCAUUUUGGCGCACAUUUCAAAAAUGUUAUCAAACUCGCACCCAGAGCAAAAGUUUCGCAUUAAUCGUUGGGGGGCAACAUAUAUAUAUAUAUCAUAUAUCCUUUUCGUAGUAUUUCCAUGUUGUAAAUAUUCUGAUGAUUAU